AAGUUAAAGUGAAGGAUUUCGAGUACUGUAUUGAUCGAUUCCGACGAGAAGGGGGAACUGCCUCUUGCGGUUGUUUCCGAGUUUGUGAGUGGCAGUAGGAGGGCGUUUUCACCUCGUUGCUUGUUCACUUCGUGUUUCUACACUCCCCCCCUCAAUAUCUCUGUUCUCACUUAUCAGCAAGAAGCUUCAAGAUGUCCUUCGAGGAAGUUCUAAGCAAGAGGGAGGACCACCCCUUCAUUGUUCAGGACAAGCAGUACACGAUGCGCGCGGCCGCAUCUACGAGUUCCCCCUCCUGCGAUAUCGACUGCACUCCGAAAAUCCUUCGUAUGCUCAACUCCAUUGAACUGGAGCUACGGGCAGAAUGUCAAAAGGCCGCGUCCAAGUCCAAUGAGGCCCAUCUCUCCUCCCCGCAGCCGCUUACACAGGAUACACCCUCUAUCCCUCCUCCCAUCCACGGGGAUGCCUCAGUAGAGAAUAAAUCUCUUGUAUCUGAGAAAAGCGGCCGUGAUGCUGGCCCAGGGGCCCGAAGAUGGAUUUGCCCACCCCCUUGUGGAAAGUCUUUCACUCGUGAACACCAUCUGCCACGCCACAUGAAAUCUAGCAGUUGUGUUCACAAUCAACAGAAAAUAUCCGAAACUCUUCGAAAGCGGAAAGCGGAAGCUCCAAGGACGAAACCGCGCGCUGGCAACACUAGCGUGAAAGGUGGAAGUGCGAAAAAUAGUAAAUCCUCAUCCCCGCGCCCGUCAUCCUCUCGGGGUGUUCAGGAUGUGCCGUUGCGCACCCUAGAUGGGAAAUUUAUUUGCGUGGCCUGCAAGAUGUCGUUCUCCCGCAAUGACCAUCUCAAGCGGCAUCAGAGCUUGUCAUGUAAGGCUGGCAGGGGGGCCGCGACACCCCGGACUCGGUCUAUCCGCUGCGGCCCACUAUUAAAGGGGGCAAUAUCCCGUGCGCAUAAGUGGCUUGCAAGUAUUGAUGAGGAGGGGACUGGGGGCGAAGAUCGCGUAGAACGGCUUUCAUCAAGUGAUCUUGGGAUUCUUGGUUUGGGGGGAUGUAGUGAAGAUGAUGAGGCAUUUGACUGCCCUGGCUGGUGA